AUUAAUAUUAAAGGUUUGCAGAGGUGUAUUAUAUUAAAUUUUUAUUUAUUGGAUACAUUACAGUUUUUGAAGUCGUUUUUUUAUACGUAGUUUUUUUUAUUAUCAUCAAUUAUAGUUAUUAGUUAAAAAAUCAUAAUUGAAGUAAGAGUUGCUCUUAGACAAAACCGAGAUUUUUGUCUUAGUAGUUGGUUGUAUCUGAUCAAAUUCAAAAUGGACAGUCAACAGAUUAUUGAACUGGAUAUUAAGAAGGAAGCUGAAACAACAGAUCAUGAAUUACCAGAAUCGAAUGUGAAUGCAGGCAACAUGCAACAUGGUCCGUUCAUUAAACAAGAAUACAAAGAGAUGGGUGUCAUAGAGCAUGAGUUAUCAGUGAAUGCAAAUCCGGAAAGAAGAACUAAUGAAUGGAAUGAAAUUGAACAUAACAAUACAAUCAACAAUAGCAAAGAAGCAUGCAACAAAAACAAUAUAAAAACAAUGUGCACGAAAGAGCAUUUAGUUCAUAAAACAAUAACUAACAGGAAGAAAAAAGAGAAAACCAGUAUAGUUUAUUCUUGUUCUGUCUGCACUAAAACUUUUAGGUUCCAAUCUGUAUUACUGACCCAUAAAAAAGUACAUACUUGUGAAAAUACUUUGGAUACACACAAUAGAAUACAUACAGACAAAAAGCCUUAUUCAUGUAACAUCUGUAGUAAGAGCUUCAUUCGAUCUGUGAAUUUGGAGAAACAUUAUAAAAUACAUGGCGUUGAAGGUGAAAACCGACUUUCAUGUAAAAUCUGUGGUAAGAGUUUCAGUGAAUUUGGUUAUUUAAAGCAACACAAUAGAAUACAUAGCGGUGAAAAGCCACAUUCGUGUAAAAUCUGUGGUAAGAGUUUCGGUGAAUUUCGUUAUUUAAAAAGACACACUAAAAUACAUAGCGGUGAGAAGCCACAUUCGUGUAACACCUGUGGUAAGAGUUUCAGUGAAUUUGGUCAUUUAAACAGACACACUAGAAUACAUACCGGCGAAAAGCCGUAUUCGUGUCAUGUUUGUGGUAAGAGCUUCAAUAAUAUUUGUGAUGUGAAGAGACACAUUAGAAUACAUACCGGCGAAAAGCCGUAUUCGUGUAACAUCUGUGGUAAAAGCUUUCUUCUUUCUGAAAAUUUGAGGAAACACAGUAUAGUACAUACAAAUGAAAAGUCGUAUUCGUGUAAAGUGUGUGGUAAAAGCUUCAAUCGACCUUCUUAUUUGAAGGAACAUAAUAGAAUACAUACCAACGAAAAGCGGCAUUCGUGUUACGUCUGCGAUAAGAGCUUCAAUCGAUUUAUUCAUUUGAAGGAACACAAUAAAGUACAUACCGGCGAAAAGCUGUAUUCUUGCAAUGUCUGUGAUAAGACUUUUUAUCGAUCUGUUGAUAUGAAGAAACACAUUAAAACACAUACCGGUGAAAAGCCGCAUUCGUGUAGCGUCUGUGGUAGGAGAUUCAAACAAUCUGGUAAUUUGAAUAUACACAGUAGAAUACAUUCAGAUGAGAGGCCGUAUUCGUGUAACAUCUGUGGUAAGAGUUUUAGAAGAUCUAGUGAUUUGAAGAAACACACCUUAAUUCAUACCGGUGAAAAACCGUAUUCAUGUAAUAUAUGUCAUAAGAGAUUUAAUCAAUCGUAUAAAUUGAAGAUACACGGUAGAUUACAUAGAACUGAAAAACAAUAUUCUGGUAGUGAAAGUGGUAACAGUGAUCAAGUCGGUGAUUUAGCACCAGAUAAUUCAAAACCUGUAAUUGUGUGAUAUUUUAUUUCAUGAUAUUGGAGGACACUAUUAUAGUGUACGUAGUUCACACUUAAAGUUUUGCGUAACCUAAAAAAACAACAUGUUAUAACCAAAAUAUUAUGUUUAUUGCUUUUCUAAAUACUUUCAUUUACAUUUCAAACAUUUUUUCAUGCGAUCGAACUAUUUUUUAAAACAGGAGGACCACAGAUCUGAAGACCUCUUUGGAAUUGAUAAAAGUGAAACUUUUCAUCUAAUCCUUAAUUUUGGGGAAAAUACAGAAAUCACAGGGUGUUAGUUCGGGUCUAUGUGCAGGAGGGGUGACGAGUUGUACCUUUUUGGAACCUAAAAAUGACUUAGUUUUGUUGGACGUGUGUGAAGAAGCGUUGUCAUGAUGUAAGAGAACGCGGCUUUUUGGUCGUCUUUUGCGAACUUUUUCUAACACCUUGGGUAAACAAAUAGUAGGAUACCACUAGGCAUUAUCACUCUUUUUUUAUCUUCAAGUGGAAUUGUGCUGAUGGGACCCGUAGCUGAGAAAAAAAUGCGGUCAUUUUUACCAACGUUCGCCUGCCCCACUUUUGUUAACUUGAUCUCAUUUUCAAACAUCCAUUCACAAUAUUGCUGUUUUUUUUCGGGCUGAAAACAAUAAAUCCACGUUUCGUGUCCUAUGACAAUGUAAUAAACAGCAUUAAAAAUGUCAGUGGUCCACGCGAGCCCGCUUCUGCUCCGCUGUCAGUUCAUGAGGGAUCCAACGGCAACAAAGUUUCCGAUCUUUCAAUUCUUCGUGUAAAAUUUUCUGAAUUUGGCUCAUACUAAUCCCGAAUAGUCCUCUAAUUGUCUCCGCGGGUUUUCUUCAAUUAGCCACUUAUCAGCUUAGCCACAUUUUUUUCGUUGAAGUCAGUUGAAGGUCGCCCACGAUAUUCGCCAUGUAAAGAAACCAGACCUCUCUCAAAUUCCGCAAACCAUCGCCUCACGGUGCUCAAGCAACAUGCUUCUCCCCCAAAACCAUUUUGAAGACGAGCGGCACAGUCUUGCGGAGAUAGAACUUAUAAAAUCAUAAAAAAUCAUCGCUCUAAAAUCUUUUCAACUUAAUUCCAUUUUCGUUGCGUACAUAGAACUUUGGUGUGUGAUAAAAAACAAUUGACAAAUGAUUGCCUAUUGCUUUUUUUUAUUUUUAAGAACGAUGCAACAUUUCAAAAAACAUAACAGAAGUGCAAAACUUUUAGUGUGACCCAUGUACCAAUCACCUGGGACACUUGACAAGUGGCAUUCACAAUACGUGAAAGCGGUCACUAAUAAAUAAGGUCGGAUUUUUCAACCCCUAAAAAAGUUUUCGCCUAUCUACGUGCACCAAAAGGCAGGAUUCCAUUACCAGUGCCCUGAGUUCUAUAAAGUUGACUGCUGCAGCCGAAAUUCAUAUGUUGGACAAAUGAAAAGAGCUAUUUCUCAACCUAUUAAGAAACACAUCAGUGCAAAAUAACGAUAGUUAAAAAUCUGCGAUAGUUGAACACUUGCUGAAAGCCGGUACAAAAUGGAUCUGGAUCGAGUUUCAUAACCCAUUGGUGAUUCCUGCUGAAUGUUUAAGACUAGCACGAGCAUGGAAUUUAGUGUCACUCUGCUGUACAAAAUAUACAAUAAAAAGACCGGAAUGAAUGGAUGUCGUUAGAACUUCUUCGCGUUCCGGGCUCUCUAAAUCUUGAAUGUCCCUUGAAUACUGGGUGGUUAGCGCGCGAUUAUUUGGGUGCGAUAGUGAAUCUAUGCGUAUCGUAUAGUUAAGGGAUUUCAGUGAAUUUAUCUGAAAGUUAUUGCAAUAAUCUAUUAAAAUAAGUACAAAUUGUUUGA